UGAAGUAGUUUUAUGAAAUUAUGUUUCAAGUAGACAUGAAAUAACACUACGUACAUAUAUUAAACCAUAUGACAAAAAAUAAAGUAAAUUAUGAUUUCGCUAGCAGUGAGUUUUAUAUUUUUACAGGUAAAUAAUAAUAUAUUAAUAUUAUUUUAUAUUUACAUUGUCAUCAAAAAGACUUAUGAAUAUGCAUGUUUUUAUGUCGACUGUCAAUUGCUUGUAAGUGGAUUACUAAUUCAAUUACCAGAUGGAAGAGUUGAAGGUACUACUGAUACAACAAGAGCUGGUACAACCUACCACUCAUUUCUUGCAAUGAGAUAUGCAGAACCACCCAUAGGACAACUUAGAUUUCAGCCAGCUCAAGCUGUUUCCCCUUGGAACGAUACUUACGAUGCUACAUCGGAGAAGAACAUAUGUUACCAAGUAAAUGAGGACAGUAUUAAAGAGAGCGAAGAUUGUUUAUUUGUAAACGUAUUUUCACCAAAGAAUCUUACAUCAACCCCAAUCGAAAGUGAUUUAACGGUUAUGGUAUGGAUCCAUGGUGGUGGGUUUAUACAAGGUGCUGGAUAUAUGAACGAGGGUGGUGUAGGUCCCAAAUUUUUUAUGGAUGAAGAUGUUGUUUUGGUUGCCUUUAACUAUAGAUUAGGACCUUUCGGUUUCCUUUCAACAGGGGAUAAACGAAUUCCAGGAAAUUUAGGUUUGAAAGAUCAAGUUUUUGCUUUAAAAUGGGUCCAGCAAAAUAUAAAAUAUUUUGGUGGUGAUCCGAACAAAGUAACUAUAUUUGGACAAAGUGCGGGUUCUUCAUCUGUUUCAUACCAGCUGUUAAGUUCGCAAUCUGAAGGUCUGUAUAGAGCAGCAAUAUUAGAAAGCGGUACUGCUCUAUCCCCUUGGGCAUAUCAAAGAUACGAGAGAGAUAUUUCAUUUUUAACAGCGAAGUAUAUUGACCCCGAUUUUAAUGGUACAACAUCAGACGAUCUAUUAGAUUUCUUGAACACUGCUUCAGCUGAUUCAAUCGAUAAGGCAUCUGCUGAAUUAAAUUCGCAUUACGAAAAUGCUUCAAAUUAUCAAAUCUCUAAAGGAUUCUUUUACGCUCCCGUAAUUGAAGUAUCUCAUAAUGACGCAUUCCUAACUAAACCGCAAUAUGGACUAUUUGAAAAUGGCACCUUCAAUAAAGUUCCUAUAAUUAUGGGCAUGAACGCAGAAGAAUCUCUAGCACUUCUUAGUGGAGAUCCCAGUUAUUUGUGGAAAAUUUAUGACAGUCAGCCCGAAGUACUCGUGCCAUUUGAUAUGCACAUCGAGAACGAAGAGCUGAAAAAGAGUAUUGGAUCAAAAAUAAAAGACUUCUUUGCAGCCGAGGGUUUUGAAAAUAGUCUAGCAAAUAGUAUUAAGUAUCACAGUGUCCAUGACUUUGACAAAGCUGGGAUAAAGCAGGCGCAACUAAUAUCUGCAUACACUUCUGUAUAUUUCUACAACUUCGUUUAUAGUGGAGUAAUGGGAAACAAUAUUAAUAACAAAUUAAAUGGCACUGGUAAUGUUACACACUCCGAAGAACUCAACUAUAUUUUCAGCAAAUGGUACAGUAACGAAAUUCCAGACAAUACUGACUUGUCAUACUUUCCCAAGUCUGAUAAAGUUGUUCAUGAUAAUUUAAUGGCUUUAUGGACAAACUUUGCUAAAAACCUAGUUCCUACGACUAAUGUAAACAAAUCUGAAGCCUUUCAAUGGGAUCCGGUAGAUCCUGAGGAAUUUAAAUACCUAGAAAUCGGCGAACAACUUUUAAUGAAGAAAGGUUACCCAAAAUCAGAGAAAUACAUCUUUUGGGAUCAGCUUUAUACUGAUUACGCUGUACCACCAUUUGAUACAUUCUAAACGAGGAUCGUAUUAAUUGAUUGUAAUUUUUCCCAAAUACUUCCUGAAUAUUAAAAAAAAUCAAUUGGACAUAAAAUAAGAAUUCAUACAUUUUAACUUUCUAUACUUACUAUUGUGUUACAAUCUUCAAGUCUUGUAAUUUUUGUUCAAAGUAGAAUAUGUAAUAUAAUAAUAUAUACUCAGAUAAAUUAUGAAUAAUAGAAAUAU